GUAAAAAAUGGCAAAGGAGUCGAUGUGAACGUCGCAUUUUAGCGUGUUUUAUAUUAUUUAAAUUCAACAAUGAACUCGAUCACCGACAGUCUCAUCAGCUGGCUUCAGACGUUCAACGUUUCUGCCCCGCACAAGACCGUCGAUCAGCUGUCCGAUGGAGUCGCGCUCGCUCAGGUGCUUCACAAAAUCGACCCCGACUUCUUCGACUCGUCCUGGCUGUCGAAAGUCAAAACUGACGUGGGAAGCAACUGGCGGCUCAAAUUCAGCAACCUGAAGAAGAUUCUCAAGGCGAUCAUCGACUACUACAAUGAGGUUCUGUUCCAGCAAAUCACAGAGUUCCGCUUCCCAGAUGUCGGUGCCAUUGCAGAGAGGGGAAGCCGUGACGAAAUGGGACGCCUCCUGCAGCUGAUCCUCGGAUGUGCUGUAAACUGCUCCAGGAAACAGGAAUACAUACAAGUCAUUAUGGGUCUUGAGGAGGCUGUCCAGCAUGUUGUCAUGAAAGCUAUCCAGGAGCUCAUAACGAAGGAAAGCCCGAGCAGCUACACUGGCGACAACUUUGACCUCAACGAGCAGUUGAAGAAGGCACUGGAUGAGCUGCACGCAACUGCACAGGCAAAAGAACAGAUCACGCAACGUUGCCACGAGUUGGACAUGCAGGUUACGAUGCUUCAAGACGAGAAGGUGAGCUUGAUGCAGGAAAACGAGAAGCUGAUGGAGAAACUGAACCACGUUGAAAACCUGGAGGACCCCAGCACACCAGCGGGGAGACGCUAUCAACAAUCUCAACAACGGAUAGACACACUACAGGCUGAAGUAUUCAAACUGGAAACUGCAAAAGAUGAACUGCGAAUCAAGGUGGAAUUUCAAGAGAAGGAAAUUCUGAAUCUACAGGAAAAGAAUGAGGAGUUGCACAAAACGUUGAACGAAGCGCAGACAUUGAAAGAUGAGCUGGAUGUUCUGAGGCAUACAUCGGACAAAGUGGAGCAUUACGAAGCUGCAAUUGAGACCUACAAAAAGAAAUUGGAGGACAUGAGCGACCUCAAGAGGCAGCUCAAGUUAUUGGAGGAGAAGAACACCUCGUACAUGCAGACCAACAUCGAACUAGAAGAGGACGUGAAAAAGAUGGCAGCGUUCAAGUCGCAGGCCGACCUGUACAAGAAGCAAACGCAGGAACUGCGGCUUCAGCUGGCCGACGAGACUCGCAAAGCCAACCGCGCCGAAUUCGAGGCUAAGAAGCUGCACGAGAAGUUGGCUUCACUGCAAACCGAAAAGGAACGACUUGUUGCCGAACGAGACUCUUUGAAGGAAGGCUUGGAGGAUCUGCGUUGUUCUCAACUCCAAAAAGAGAGCUCCCAUGUGCAGAGUGGCGCCAAAGUCGUCGGAGCGAUCUCGGACUCUGACAUGCUCGAGACGGUUCCUCCCGAAAUCAAGGAGAAACUCAUCAGGCUUCAGCAUGAGAACAAGAUGCUGAAGCUGGAACGGAGCUCGAGCGAAGGCCAGCAGGUGACCUUGCUCAAGACCAUGCUCGAGGAUGCGCAGUCACGCCAGAAUGACCUGGAGACUGAAGUCAGACUGCUCAGCCAGCGCAACUUGGAGCUGGAGAGCCAGCUGGAGGAUAGCCGCGAAGCGGCGUCAGCACACGAGGGGGCCGAGGCGCGACAGCAGCUAGCCCUUGCGCAGAGACGCUGCAAGGAGCUCGAGGGCCAGCUACGCGAGCGUGAGGCCAGUCUUGAGGCCAUGGCGACACGCCUAGCCGAGUCCUGCGAGAACCAGUCCGAGUUGACAGAGCAGCUUGAGAAGAAAGCGGAAGAGACGAGGCUCAUGGAGGAGCGAUACCAAAAGUACCUCGAAAAGGCCAAGAAUGUGAUUCGCACGCUGGACACGCGGUCGCCGUCAAGUGCCGAGGUGGUCACCUUGCGUAACCAGCUUCAGGACAAGGCCAAGCACAUCAGCCAGUUGCAGCAGGAGCUGGAGAUGUUCAAGGCCCAGUGGGAAAAGGAGGAACGCCUGAUCAGCACUGCCUUCUACAACUUUGGAGCAAAGUCGCAGCAGAGGUCGGCUGAGGAGCGCAUCGUCCAGUUGACCGGCGGCCAGUCUUUCCUGGCGAGGCAACGUCAGGCCACAUCGAAGCGGCAUAACGUGCCCGGCGUUCAGACGAGUGAAUUCUUUGAGUAAGAAUUCCAUGAUCCCGUGUGUCUCUUCGACGUAACUGGAGAGACAAAGAGAAAAAAAAAAGCAUGACGAGGGGUGUCCGUGCUUGGCAGACCGCAGCGACCGCAAGUGCUUGGUUCCAUCACGUGCCCUGUGCUCAGCAUGAAGCCCUGGAGCUCGAUCGCCACAUACCUGCAUCAUCUUGUAGCUUUUAGUCUCCUACCAUCUCUCUUUGUGUUCUCGCUACACCGUUUUUCUUUUCUGUAUCAUCGUUGCUUCUCUGUACAUGGUGUGCUUGCUUGUACCAACAUUCCAAUGUUUUUGCAUAAUGACCGGUGCCUGUAGUUAGUGACAACCAAAUAGCACAGUGGUGAUACACAGCUGUCUAAGUGUAAUUUGGGUAGGUGCGUUACCUUACCACUCAGUUGUAACCUGCACUUGUUUUUAGAGCAUGAAAGCAAACCUCCAGCGGGGGCUGUCUAUAUACCAAGUCCCAAUUCAUAAUGUCGAUUUUUUUUUCGUGCUGUGGCCGUUGGAAAAUUGUCAUUAUUGGAAGCCUAGCCUCGGAUAGAGGCAAGGAGCGGCUGCUGGUUUGUAGUGUUUCAAUGGUAACAAAUUUAUUCAUUUCCCUAGCGGGAGAAAAUCGUCACAUUUGUACUUGUAACCAGAAUGUGGCGAGGCGCUAAAAUUGAAGGUAGCAGUGUAUGCGACAAUCAAGGGUGCUGCAUAUUUCAUUUUCUGGCCACAAAGAACGAGCGUACGUUGCAAGUUUGUAAAUACGGUAUGUGAGCUCACUUAGUUCAAGGCAUAGCAGAGGUGGCUUUUAAGUGUUGGCAGCUUUCGAAAGAUGUCUUGUGAGUGCAGACCCAAGGUGGAUAGCUGCAACAUGGUUUUAUGGAUGAAGCUCAUUCUUAAUGCUUUGUUUAUCACUGCGGUAUGACUUGUUUUGGAAUGUUUUACUGUUUUAGAACUCUUGCUAACCUUGUUUACAAUAGACAUAUGCCAGCAGUGUGCCUGUUCUCACCUAUGCGUCCUGCACACUACACUAAGGUUGUUUCUGGCAGCAUUUUUGAAAGUGGUUGAUAUGUAUUAUAGUAGUAUAUGUUUGCUUCUUUAGAAUGUAUGCCCACACUAAUGCACCAACAGCUGUUGUAUGUCGAUUUGAAAGGACGCUAAUGAGCGCUAAUUAUGUUCAUCUACAAAUCGUAACAUUAAAUCACUGCUAAUGUGCGAACCACAUCAUUUUGUAAAAGUGGCCUAUGCCAUCUUGUGCUUAUAUUGGUAUUAUGACUGUGGCCACCUGUAUGAAAUUUGCAGAGCAUGUAACUAUUAGAUUUAUAAAAAGAGAAGCUUUUUCAUGUGAACCAUGCACCGUAGCAGAGCCGUGUUAAGAGCAUCACAGGUUGUAAGCAUUUUUGUGCGAGCUGCACCUAAUCUUUUUCUGCUGGAAGUACACGCUUCCAUGGUGAAUGCCCAUAACAUGUUUCAACCUGUCCACCCACUAAGGGCUUUAAAGAACCCCCAGACAAAUCCCGAACAUUUAUUUUUACUACUUAGAGUAAAUAGUGGAUUGUGUUAGGAAUAGAGGCAGAGACAGCGUUACAAAAUUAGAAGAAAGCGUUAACAUGACAGUUGUAGUUGCCACACUAUCUAAGCGGCAUUUAAACAAGUACCUACCCGGUGAGGCGAGCCAGGCAGAGCUGAACAAUGAAAAGCAAGAACGAGUUGCAGCCAUGUUGUCAUUAAUCAAACUUCUCGUAAUCUGUCAUUGUGGUAUCAUUUAAAAAAAAUUCUUUUGGCUUCGCGUUUGUUGUGGACUUUUACCCAGACUAUAUAUCAAAUUCUUGACUUUAAUGGUGGUUCGAGGGCCCUUCAAAGUAUUUUUUAUUAGAGAAAAAUUGCUCACUUCCAAAUGAUAUCACUCUUCAAUGCUAGAAUCUCCUGCAUUCUCUACGAAGCAUUUCAGGUGCUGUUUUGUAGCUGUGUGGUGAUGGAUCGUUCAGCAUUAGGAAAACAAGGCAAGCCCCACCUUGCAGCCAACAUUUUGGCAAAAAUGUUCUCUCGUUCUCACCUUGUUUGCCCACUCCCAAGUUUUCACAUCGUUGCGACUACUUUGCUAGCUCGUACAAAUCUUUACGACAUCUCUGGCAAAGUAACCAUCUUUUGCGAGGCUUAGCUGUUUGAAUGCAAUUGGUUCUUGCUAUGCUAGCUCACCAAUUGCAUUCGGUGCUGCAGUGGCUGUGAGCCCUACUCGAACAGAGAACCAAAAUUACGGCG